GGGACGCUGCGGCGGCGGCGACAACAACGUGACGCGCGUCGGCCGGACGACACAGUUUUCGCCUAGACCGACGUAAACGUUUGUUCUCGUGUUUAUUUUUAUUAUUAGCAUCGAACAUCUAUAUACGCGUAUAUAUUAUCAUAUUAUAUGACAUAUGAUGUCAUUUAAUUAGUUUCAUAUAAUUGUAUAUUAUUUAACGCGUAUCGUUCACACCGAGUCGGUCGGCUGUCGCCGGAAAACCAACCAUCGGACCACAACAACACUAACAGUACAAGCCAAAAAUCGUUAACAAGUGAUAAUCCCACAACGACUUAGCUUCAAAAAAAAAAAAAAGGCGGCACAACAACUGUUGAUGUUUGUUCAAGUCCCAGAGUGUAUUUCGAUCCGGUGAAUUUCAUCAUGGAAAUCCGGUAACCGUUCUGGAAAUGUGAAUGAUACAUGAGCAGCUUACAGUGUACGUCAUGUUUAUACAGAUGGUACAAAAAGUGGUACAGCACCAAUACAUUUUCAUCUUUGUUCAUUUCGAUAACGUAUACGAACCCAACAACACAGCGAGAAAACAGAUUUACACUAAAACAAACAAAAAAUGACUAACAACAAGCUACAAGUGUUUUGUCUGAUUGUGUUAACUAUUUGCACUGUUAUAAACGAGAUAAAAUGCAUAACAAAAAAAGAAGAAUGCCGCCGUCAGAUUUCCUUAAACAACCAUUUGAUUUCCAGAUUAAAUAUUCAACAAAAAUACAACCUAAUAGUAAUGGCCGUAGACGAAUUCGAAUAUGAGGGAGUUGGGAAAUUCCUUAACCCGCCAGAUAACGACUAUUUGUGUCAUGACGUGGAUGAUAACGCUCAGGUAUAUAUCACUACAUACGCAGGAGAACAAUCCUUUGAAGAGGAAUUACUAAAACUCCUAAAUAUCCAGAGACCUGAUGAUUUUACUAGUAGAGGAACAUAUGACAUAGCAGUAAGGAACAGAAGACAUAUUUUAAAUUUAGCAUACCUGUCAAUUAUCAAUGAAAAAUUGAAAGACCAGCGAAUGUGCGAAAAUCACGAAAGAAUAAAAUGUAUGUUGAUCGGGUUAAUCAAGCAUGAAAACUAUGAGGCGCAAAACAAACAAGGAUGUAUUGGUGAUAAUAUUUGUGUUAUAACUACUACCGAGUUAACAAAGCAAUUAUAUUCAAAUACACAUGACGUUACACACAAAGUGGAGAAGUAUCGAGAUCGCUAUGACAGCAAUGAUAAACGUUAUAAGAUAUUUUUCAAAGACCCUGUGCGGGGAUACAUAGAAUGGGACAGUGGAAUACCAGAAGAAGUAACAGAAGACGAGGGGUCUUCUUCUAGACGAUGAGUCAAUUCAAUAGAUGUGCAUGGAUAAGACAGUGAUUUUAGCAUCAUUAGCUAAAAUCAUUGUCUUAUCUAACUAUUAGCGUUAAUAAUUAAUUUGUUUAAAUUAGUACACAGCAAAAUAGCGAUAUUUCAAUGUAAAAAAAAAAUUUCAAUCUAAUAAAAUGUCUUAACAUUUUAUUAGAUUAAUGACAUUUUUUUUAGAGUAAUCCUUUAUUUAUGUACAAACAUGUGUGCCUAUGUGUUAACCUGUUUCUUUAACAAUAAAUUAUACCUUUAUGAUUUUAAUUUUAUCCAUAUUUUUAUUAGGUACAUUUUUGUGUGGUUUAAUAACUAUGGUAACUAUAUGGUAGCUAUACGGUAAAUA